AUGAAAGCUACACUUGUCCUUCUCAUAAUAAUACUCUGCACUGCUGGCUCUCAUCAAGCCCUUGCUUUUCCCACGAAGAAUUCUACAUUCCUAGAACCACGUUUCACCCCGGGCAGUAGCCAAAGCAAUCCGAUCAAGGCUGAACUCGAGAUUCGCGGAGAAGAUGCGCUGACAUAUGAUGUGGACUGUUGGGCCAUGAUAUGUAAGGGCAAAGCCCGCGAUAAUCUAUACCUGCGAAAAGUCAACGAAAGCACGGCCAAAAAGAACCGGCAGGUCAAGGACGGCAGCGCAGCUGACAAACAGCCCUUCGAACACCGCAGCAAGUACGGAAUCAAAGCAAGUCCACCGACAAGUUCCUGGGCAAACCAUAGAGGUUGGAUUUCAGCAGAGGAGUCCCCUUUCGCCUCUACCGCCAGCGGGGGUAAAAGGAGCAGCACGGACACGUCCUGGUAUGAAAUUAUGGGUUUCAAGAUCAUGUCUGGGAAAACAGCAAAGGUUGGGCCGUAUUGCACGGCAUUCAAUUCCAAGGAUAAGAAUGCCUGCGACGCGGGUAUUCAAGUGGUUGGUGACUGGGGGUUUGAUGUGGCCAAAUAUGCUUAUACGUACAACCACCGGACAAAGAAGUUUGAUUAUGUUGGGAAAUGA